AUGCAGUCUGUCCGACAACCACUCACCCGCGCCCUCCGCUCCACCCCUGGCCUCACCCGCUCCGCCUAUGCCUCCGUCGCUCAACCCACCGGCUAUGCUUCCACAAACUCGAACCUCCGCCUAACAAAAGACACCCGCGUAAUCUUCCAAGGCUUCACCGGCAGACAAGGUACCUUCCACGCCCAACAAGCAAUCGAAUACGGCACGAAUGUCGUCGGCGGCACCAAUCCCAAGAAAGCCGGCCAAGAACACCUCGGGAAACCCGUCUUCGCCAGCGUAUCAGAAGCUCGAAAAGCUACCAAUGCCGAUGCUAGUGCGAUCUUCGUACCUCCGCCUGUAGCGGCGAAGGGGAUAGAGGAGGCGAUCGAGGCGGAGAUGCCGUUGGUGGUGUGUAUUACGGAGGGUAUCCCGCAGCAUGAUAUGGUGCGGAUUACGGAUAUGCUGAAGACGCAGGAUAAGACACGAUUGGUUGGGCCGAAUUGUCCUGGUAUCAUCGCGCCGGGCCAAUGCAAAAUAGGCAUCAUGCCAGGCUUCAUCCACAAACGCGGCCGCGUUGGAAUCGUCUCCCGCUCUGGUACUUUGACCUAUGAAGCUGUCAACCAAACCACGCAAGUCGGGCUCGGACAAUCCCUUGUCGUCGGCAUCGGUGGUGACCCCUUCUCCGGAACGAACUUUAUCGAUUGCUUGCGUGUCUUCCUUGCCGACCCGGAAACCGAGGGAAUCAUUAUGAUUGGUGAAAUUGGUGGUAGUGCGGAGGAGGAUGCUGCAGACUUUCUGAAGGCAGAGAACGUGAACAACAUGCCUGUUGUGAGCUUCAUCGCGGGUAUCUCUGCUCCUCCAGGCCGAAGAAUGGGCCAUGCUGGUGCGAUCGUGUCUGGUGGCAAGGGCGGGGCGGAUAGUAAGAUCUCGGCGCUUGAGGCGGCGGGUGUGGCUGUUGAGAGGAGUCCGGCAAGGUUGGGCAAGACGUUGUAUGAUGAGUUUGUGAAGAGGGAUAUGGUAUAG